GAGAGAGGACAAGAGACAAGACAUUCCAGAAACUGAAUUUUUAUGGUCAGAAAUCAAGUGAAAGCCAGAAGGGAAAGAGGGGAUCUUUCUGGAUUUCUUGCUCACUGCUGAAAAAUAUAAAAAUGAAAAAGAAUGGAAUAUAAUUUAAACUGAAAUAACAAGAGUGGCCAAUUAAUACAAAAAAACUAUACCUGCAAUAUAACUGAUGCUUCAUGGUGAAGAUUUAAAAAAGGAGAAAAGGCGGCUAGGAAAGGAGAGAUCUGCCUUUCUUGAUUACCCUGGAGACUUGAGAUGUGAGAAAGGAGAAGCUCCCUGCAUUUUCAAAGUCAAGGUUUAAAAAAAAAGGAUUGGGACAAAAUCUUUGAAGAAAUAAACAUUUGUCCAAGAAGACGUGAGAGGUUACCAAGGUGGGGAAAAUUUUAACAUGAAGCAAAUGUAUUUAUUUUGACUUCAGAAACUUAAAAAUGAAAAGAAUUUAAUGAGAUGGUUAAAACUGUCCUGUGCUAAACAAGUGAAGGAACAUUUUUGAUUACGUUCUGUACUGUCAAUAUAAAAAGAGCGGAGGAACGAGGGAGUUGUCAGAAGUGAACUUUUCCUCCAUUCUUUUUCCCAGCGGCUGUGAAGUUGUUUGUAGUAAAGCAGCUGGUGCACCAGUCAGAACGAAAGGAAUCCCGGCUUCUGUUUCAACAGGUUCUUCUUCUGGGUUUUCUCCGGUCAAAGACACACCCAUCUGCUUCAGCUGGCUUUUCUUACCGAGAGACCCUUCCGCUUCUUCAUUCCUCUCCUGAGUCCGUUUGACUCCCAUUUCUUCCCCCAACGGCGCAGUACACAGCCACCACCAUUACGUCCAAAAACACAGACGACUUCCUCACGCUGGCCUCGUCUAGGCUCAGCAGGAGAAAGCGGGUAAUCGGUGCAGCCAUUGGUGUCGCCAUGAUUCUCAUCUUACUAAUUGCCAUCCCACUGCUGGUGCACAGCUCAAAGGCUACCUCUGGCACACACUAUGAAAUGCUGGGCAGCUGCCGCAUGGUCUGUGACCCUUACACCACACAUGGAUCUGCAGAAGCCAGUCAGGAGCUGGCAGCCGUUUCCCCACCACCUUUCUUGACAGAGACCGGCAAGGAGCACUCACGCAAGGGAAAGACUGGGUUUAGAGGUCCUCCCGGUCCACCUGGACCCCGUGGACCUCCUGGGGAACCUGGAAAGCCUGGACCACCAGGUCCCCCAGGACCAGGACCUGGAGGAUAUGUUCCAUCUUUCUACAGCCCUAGAAUUGCAUUUUAUGCAGGACUCCGUAAACCCCAUGAAGGCAGUGAAGUGCUCAAGUUUGACGAUGUGGUCACCAAUGUGGGAAACUAUUAUGAGCCCACAACUGGAAAAUUCACAUGUCCUUUGCCUGGCAUCUAUUACUUCACCUAUCAUGUUCUGAUGAGAGGGGGCGAUGGCACCAGCAUGUGGGCUGAUCUGAAGAAAAAUGGUCAGGUGCGGGCCAGUGCUAUUGCUCAAGAUGCUGACCAGAACUACGACUAUGCUAGUAACAGUGUUAUCCUCCAUUUGGAUGUUGGGGAUGAAGUGUGUGUCCAGCUGGAUGGAGGCAAAGUUCAUGGCGGUAGCAACAACAAGUACAGCACUUUCUCUGGCUUCCUCAUCUACCCAGACUGAGGAUGAACUCAGUUGGAUACUCCAGGACAAUACAUGGACAGAGGGGAUGGGGUGGGGAAGAGGAGAUGUGGGGAAGGGGAAAGGGAAUUUAUUGAUUUCAGCCUUAAUCGGCCCUAUCAGAGAUGAAAAAGAAAAUCAAGCUGUUAAGGGUCUCAUCUAAGUAUGCUCACAAAACCUUACAUUUCAUCAUUCUUGGGUUUUCUGAGUUACUGCAUUUGGGGAGGAGGACAAACAGAGUUUGAACUUUGAGGAAAAGUGCAGUAAGCAAGAACUUGUCAAACUCAGUUCAAUGAGAGGAAUGAGAGGCAGUGUCCAGUACGAAAAGGUGUAGAGAGCAUGUGACAUGGCUUCUCAUUCAUACUGCUGACCUGUCUUGUGCCCUUAAGGUGAACAGUAAGAGAGAAGUUCAGCGAGGCCCUCUCCUAAAGGGAUAAGAACGCUGAACAAGAUGAGGCGCUAUACAUCCUAGUUUUAGGCUGCUGUAUAAAGUCGUUUCCUGAUGUAAAAUGCCAGAUCUACACAUUUUGCACCAUUACCAGCACAUCACUUCCAUGUUAGGAGCCAUCAUGAUAAUUCAUUUUGUGUAUUACUCUGGCACUGCUGUUCCGUUUAUAAAAUCUUCAUCUAAUGUUAAGCUGUGAUUCUGGUGCUAACCUGUUAGGGACGCACUGAAAGUUUGUCUUGUUGGUUAAGCUUGGUCCUGGAUAUUCAAGCAGUCUGAAUCAGUGUGUCCAUUUUCUUUUUCUAAAUAGAUACAAAGUAGCUAAAUCAAAUAUAUAGUAAAAUACAGUAUAUAGUCAUUUACCCUAUGACUAGGCUCCUGCCUUGUCCUUUGUGCUGCUGGGACAGGAUCUGAGCCACUGCAACCCUAAUUUGGAUUAAGCGAGCUUGACAAUAUUAUUUUAUUAAAGAGCUCACACUGGAACUGUUUAGACUUCAUGAUUUGGUACAACUGUCCAUCAUGAAAUGUAGUUUUAUACUUUUUAUGUGUAUAGUGUUUAUAAUUUGUGUUAUACCUAGAAUUACAUCUUAUAAUUACAACUUUUUUAACGUGUUUGCAUGCUUAUUUAUUUAUGUUUAUAGUAUUACCCUUUGGCCUUUGUUAUGUUGCACCCUGCAACAUACUAGUGCCCCAUCCAAAGCAACACCUCACCACAACCCUGUGUUAUUCACAGUGGCGGACCGUGCAUUUCACACCUAGGCCUUCAGCAGUGCUCCGUCUGAAUCAACCCGCCCCUCAAAAACUAAUUUAUGGUUAUAAAAACCAUCUUAAUAUGCAGAAAUACAGUAUAAAAAGCCGUUGCAUCGCAGAUAGAUAACUCCUGUAGCCACAAUAAAUGCCUUUAUUGAAUAGACAAACCAGGGGUGAACAAGUUCCUUUCUACUGCAGCUACAGCCCGCGACACACAUAAAAAACAUUAAUAAUAACUCAUAAACUUGCAAUAUUAUUUAGGAAAAUCUCAACAUUUUACUCACCAAAAAUUCGGAUUAUUUGUAAACAAAAUCCAUCCUCCUCUCUUUCCUCAAAAACAGUUCAAUUACUCUGUCAUACAGAUUAUCUGUGCGCUUCAGUUCCAUCACGAAGUCCCUUUCUAUCGCCAUCGAAGCUAAUGCUGAAAGUUGAACCUGCCCAGAUUUUUUUUUUCAGAUUUUUCUAUUACACCAUCCUAUCCAAUCAACGGGUCUGAAUACGGUGAUGUUGCCGUACGCCUGCUAGAGGGCCCUAGUGGCACCAGCUCAAAAUCUGAUUGGUUGAAGCAACAGUUUAAUCGACAUUUAUUUUGUGUUAGAGGGCCUGCAGAACAGAUUGUGAAGGCCUCCGGGCAGACUUCUUUGACUUUGACCCUGCCUGGCAACAAAUGAUGGCUGAAAUGUGAUUGGUUAAAUGCUUUAAUACGAAAAUACAUGUCUGGAAGCAGCACAACCAUCGGAAAAGCUAUGAAAGGAAGCGGACAGACUAUUUGGAAUUAUUUAAUAAGUAUUCAUGGACAAAAUAUAAUUAACAUCAGUUUGUGAUUAAGAUAUUUUUUUAGGCCAGCAGAGAAGGCCUUGCAGGCCCUGACGGCCAGCCACUGGUUAUUCAUAAAUUUGGGAAAUGAGUGAAUGAAUAUUUAUAUUUAUAAAUACAUCUUAAUUACAAAACAUUUCCAAACUUGCUUAAUCCAGCUCACAAAUGUAGAUGGCAGAAUCUAUGAGGACCGGGAACAAGGCAGGAAAGGCAGCCCUGGACAAGAUGCUAGGCCAUUAUAAAAUCCAGUCACACACACCCAGACUUACACACACAGGACCAAUUUGGUAUCAGCCAUCAGCCUAACCUGCAUGUCUAUGAGGAUGUUGGACUGCCCGGGAGAAAACCCUUGCAGACAAAGGAAAAACAUACAAAACUGCACAAAUACAAUGUAGGCUUCAAAUGCAGGGCAAUGAAGCUGUAAAAUAGCAGAACUCCUGUGCUGUCUGACACAUUUUCAAGCUUUCUUAAGGUUGAAGUAGGCUGACGCCUACCACAGAAGCACUGUGCACAAGGCAGGAGACAACUCUGGGCAGGGCUUCCAAAGGUUCAAAGGUACUGGUUUAAAACAACACCAAGGUUGUGGAUUUGAUGGUAGGCAGAGUCUUGGCAAUGUCAUUGUCCUGGCUGAAGUUACUGCACAGUUUGGUUUAACAGAAACUAUGGGUUAAUGACUAGAAGUUCUUAUUUUAAUGCAGUUGGAAAAAGAUGACCACAAGAGAAGGGUAGACGAGAGUUAAUGGGUUAAUGGCUUUUUUCCUGAGGUAUAGAUAACUGUCAUUGUAAUAGUGGUAACUGAGGCCAUGAUGACAGAUUUUGAUUCUAAGUGGAGAAUGUAAAGAAUAAUAAUGGAGGAGCCCAAAACAGAUACUUGCAAGGAUGCCAUUGUGUCUAAAUUAAUCCCUAGUACCAGAGAUACAGUAUAUUGUUAUCUAUCUGUAAGUUCUGACUUCAACUAGAAGAGAGCAGAGUCAAAUAUACUUAUGUACAAGGGUGACGGGUUUUAAAUGAUGAAACAGAUGGUAGAAUACAUUCACUACCGCAAGCUGAAUUAUUUGGAUUAUACAUGAACAUAGGUAUUAGGGGUUUAAUAGAUCAUAGUUAUUUAAUCCACUAUUUAGAUAUGACAUAACAAUUAAGCUGACUUCAAACAAGUGAAUGCUGUUAUUAACAAUUAUUCUGCCCACGGUAUUUCAUAGCUUGCAGAGCUCAACAGAGAGCUAAACAAAGUGACAAAUGAAGAGUCAAGAGCUGAAGCAAAAUGAAUAAACUUUACUUGAAUGUCUUACAGGCUACUCACAAGCAAUGCUUUUUGAAGGUUCCGUAAAGACAGUUGGGAUGAAACUACACCACAUUAGAUAAAGCCGAUGCUUUUAAAGGCUCAGUAUGAGAGAGUGGAUUGUAAUUGAACUGCUAAGUACAAAAUGUAAGGGCAUCAUUAAGGAUAACUCAAGAUUGCAUCAACAGGGAUGAGUCGAGAUUGAAUCAUUACAGAAGUGGCUGCAAAGCCUAGACAACUUCAACACAAUGUACUGUAUAUCCUGACUGUCUUAUGAGGCUUUCAUUGGUUAAGAGUCAUACUGUGAAAUUUUCACACAUUUUUAUAAAGUUAGGUAAAUUGUUGAGGUCAACUAUUGGAAACUGACUAUUAAUGUUGCAAUUCCCUCUAAUAUAGAUUUAUAUUAACAUAAAUCCCACUACAAAACAAAUCACACAUAUGGUACACCAUAAUGUGGAUUUGGGGAAAUACACUGACUGUCAGAACAAAAGAAAACAAUUAAAUUUGUCCCCAACAAAACUAUUUAUUAAAAAUAAAAAUAUUCUUUUAUGUAUAAUAAAAUGCCAAAAGCGGGAGCCACCAGUUACAUGUAAAGGUGCUUUAGCAUCACAAAUUUCCUGUUAGAUUUAGGACUUUGUUGGAGGGCUGAAAAUGCCAGGUUAGGGGAUCACACUGCACGGGAUAAGCUCUGUAAUAACAAGGACCUUUAACAUGGAUACAGAUGUAGCUGCAAGCCACCAAACAACUGCUGUCAAUGGCAGGAAUUCUGUUUGAUCUCCAGUCACAAAUGUACACAGUUGGAUGGUUCUUGACAUGAUCAAGGUUUCCAAGAUCUCUUUAGUAUAAGGAAUGUAUCAACGUCCUCUUCUGACCUCCUGUGGUGUUUGUUGGCUUAAUGUAGAGCUUAUGAUGUGUGUCUGUGGUCACAUUUUGUCAGUUAAACACUGAAUAAAAUCUGGUGAUUAUUAACUUCAAACUACAUUGAGUUUAAUGGAUAUUCACCUUUCACAAAUGUAGGAAUUCUCAAUCAAACCUCCUAUGGAGGAUCUCUCCUUCAGACUUUGCAGGAAUCAGUUGUGAUCUCUCAGAUCAAACACAUCAGGUUUUUUUUAACACCACAUUCAAACCUAUAUAAUUUUUCAUCAAUAUUAAUCUCUGUUUUACUUAGUGAAUGGAGUUUGUUGGUACUCAUCUUCACAUUAAAUGGAGUGUGGGAUAUUAACACUCCAUGAUGUGUACAGUUUGUUGAUCCUUAAGUCCACACUGUAUGGAAUUUGUUAGGUCACUGCUCUCCAUGAUGUUUAGAGUAUGUUGGACCCCAGCUACACAUUACAAGGAAUUUUUGGACCUCAUUUGGCUAUGAUACGUUGAGUUUGUUGAACCUCAAACUCAGAUUAUAUAAAUCUCAGCUUGUCAUGAUUCAUGGACAUUAUUAGAUCUCACCUACCCAUGAUGUGUAUAGUUUGUUGAUCCCCACAUUGUAUUAAGUUUGCUGAGCUGCAGAUGUCUACGAUGUAUGCAGUUUGUCAGACUUUGUUUCCACAUUAUAAGAAAUUUGGAGGAUUUAUGCUUUUUGUGUUGUGUAGAGUUUGCCAAAUGUCAGCCCUACACGAUGUGAAAUGAUGGCCGUCUUAGCUCUUCAUGGUUAGUAAUGUGCUGAAUCUCAUCUCUAUACUGCAUGCAAUGUGUUAAAUCACAGCUCACCAGUGUGUGGAGUUUAAUGGUUGUCUCGGUUUUCCAAGGUGUAGGAUUUAUUGAAUGUUCACCGCAUGGAUUUACAUGGAUGUCAGCUGUAAGUUAUAUACUGUAGAGAAUUUCUUCAGCCUCGCCUCCCACAAUUUAUGUAGUUUGUUCUAUCACUCUCUACACUACAUGAAGUUUGCUGAAUCUGAACUCUGCACUGUAUGGUGUGAAUUGGUUGCCAUCUCAGCACAGUGUGGAUAGAGUUUACUGGAUCUAAUCUCUAAGUGUAUUUUCUGUAUGUAUUGCUUUUUGAUUUUAGUUCUACAGUUUGUUGGCUGUAUAGUGUGAACCACCAGCUAUCUCUGCUUUAAGCUUGAGAGGUGCGGUUAUUUUUGAGAUGAUUCCAAACUUCCUGUCUUAAUCAUGCAACUCCUCACUUUCCUGGAAUGUGAAAGGUUUUACUGGCAAUGUUUAAACUGUUAAUUAGGUUUCUAUCCUGAACACUAGGCAUUCAUGUAGCUACAGCUAUACCAAAGUAAUAACCGACUCUCCUGACCAUUACUUAUGAGACACACAUCACAGCAGCACCCAUAAAAGCAUAACUAAGCUACAACCAACUAACUUACUAACCAAUGCAGCAUCUUGAGCAUACUAAGACCCUGUCUUCUGUAAGAAUAACUGAGUUACCUCUCCGGGCACAGAAUAACAAUAUUUAGAAAUCUUAGAUACCUUGAAAUUAUACCUAAUGAACAGAAGCCUGUUGUCCAGCACUGGCCAUUGUACACUUCAAUUUAUCCUUAGCAAACAGAUACUGUGUGUCCUUCCUCCCUGUGCAGACUAGAAAAGGUUGUGCAGAGUGUAUGAAUACAUCAUGGCUUUCAUCCAGGCUGGGGAUAUUCUUGUAUCCAUAAACAGAUGUAAGACAAAUGCUGAAAUCUUAUCACUCAUCCCAUGGUAUUACAGUGUUAUCAUGUAGUAAAUAAACAUCGAUAUGUCAUUCUGGCACGAUGUGCAAGAUCCUGUAUCAUACCUAUGUCUAUGGUAAUACAGUAAGAUUUAUUAAACACAGUCUAGAUGGAUGUGUCUGAUUUGUCCUCCUGCUACCCAUGCAAAUGUGUGCGAGUGUGUGAAAAUUAAUAAAUCAGUAUCAAUA